AUAACAUAUCACAGGACUCACAGGAGUUAAAUAGCGAAGUACUUUUUGAUGAAUAUAAUGGGCCAAAAGGUGAGCCGUUAGCUAGGUACUUUUCUGAUUCAUGUAUAGCCUCUUCUGCUUCGAUACGAUCUUUUCAAAUUGAGGCAAUUAAAUCAUAUGAGAUAUCUAGUGAGGAAUUUUGGCAGAAACCUUUAGUUGAAAUCUCAGAUAAGUCAGAACUUUGA